CUCCUCCCCUCACUCUGCAGCAGCACACAAAGAGGAAGAUGGAAAAGACAUUGUGCACGUUGGCCGCAGUGAUUUUUCUGGGUGGAAUUUCAGACGCGGCGCUGACGGACGGCCCGACACACCAGGCUCCGACAGCGGCGAGGCCCGAGGCCCCUGCCGGCAAACAUCUGGACGGCGAAAACACCAGCCGGGACGGCGAAGAAAAAGAUGAUGUCAGAGGGACGGAAGCCAGGAGACUCGACUGCCCCCCCCUGGGCCUGGAGUCCCUGCGGGUCGACGACAGCCAGAUGCGGGCUUCUUCCUCCGAGGCGCCGGGCCUGGGUCCUCACCGGGGGAGGCUGAACAUCCAGUCGGGCAUCGAGGACGGCGACCUGUACGACGGGGCCUGGUGCGCCGGCUACGGGGACCGGCACCAGUGGCUGGAGGUGGACGCCCUCCACCUCACGCUGUUCACCGGGGUCAUCCUGCAGGGCCGCAACUCCAUCUGGAGCUGGGACUGGGUCCAGACCUACAAAGUCCAGCUGAGCAACGACUCUGUGAGCUGGGAAAGCUGCAUGAAUGGGACAGAGGAAGCGAUAUUGGAAGGGAACCAGGACCCAGAGACCCCGGUGCUCGGGCUCCUUCCCGUCCCCACCGUGGCCCGGUUCAUCCGCAUCAACCCUCAGACCUGGUACACAAACGGCUCCGUCUGCCUCCGGGCCGAGAUCCUGGGGUGCAGGGUCCACGAUCCGAGUGAAGCGGACUCAGAGCUGGAGGAGGGGUCACAAGACGACCUGGACUUCAGGCAGCACAACUACACAGAGAUGAGGAAGCUCAUGAAGUCCGUGACGGAGGAGUGUCCGGACAUCACCCGCGUCUACACCAUCGGGAAGAGCCACGAGGGCCUCAAACUGUACGUCAUGGAGAUCUCAGACAACCCCGGCAAACACGAACUGGGGGAGCCCGAGUUCCGCUACGUGGCCGGGAUGCACGGCAACGAGGCCCUGGGCCGGGAGCUCGUCCUCAACCUCAUGCAGCACAUGUGCAGGGAGUACAGGAAGGGCAACGCGCGCGUGGUGCGCCUGGUGACCGAGACGCGGAUCCACCUGCUGCCCUCCAUGAACCCCGACGGAUACGAGGUGGCUCACAAGAAGGGCUCCGAGCUGGCCGGCUGGGCCGACGGGCGAUUCACCUUCGAGGGGAUCGACCUGAACCACAACUUCCCGGACCUGAACACCAUCAUGUGGGACGCCGAGCUGACGGCGACGGACAAGUCCAAGGUCCCCAACCACUACAUCCCCAUGCCGGAGUACUACACCAACGAAGACGCCAUGGUGGCGCCAGUGACGCGAGCCGUCAUCAACUGGAUGCAGGAGAUCCCCUUCGUGCUCAGCGCGAACCUCCACGGGGGGGAGCUGGUGGUCACGUACCCUUACGACUGCACCCGGGACUGGGUGCCCAAGGAGGACACCCCCACGGCGGACAACGCCUUCUUCCGCUGGCUGGCCACCGUCUACGCCUCCACCAACCGCGCCAUGUCCAACCCCAACCGCCGCCUCUGCCACUACGAGGACUUCCAGGCCCACAACAACAUCAUCAACGGCGGGGCCUGGCACACCGUCCCCGGCAGUAUGAACGACUUCAGCUACCUGCACAACAACUGCUUCGAGGUGACGGUGGAGUUGUCCUGCGACAAGUUCCCCCACGUCAGCGAGCUCCCCGUGGAGUGGGAGAACAACAAGGAGUCCCUGCUGCUCUACAUGGAGCAGGUGCACCGAGGCAUUAAGGGCGUGGUCAGGGACAAGGCCACCAAGCGGGGGAUCGCCGACGCCGUGGUCAAGGUGGAGGACCACGAACACGACAUCCGAUCAGCCGCCGGCGGGGACUACUGGCGCCUGCUGAACCCGGGCGACUACAAGGUGGUGGUGUGGGCGCCGGGGUACUACCCGUCCGCGCGGCGGUGCCGCGUCGGAACGGAGCCGCGCGCCACCGUCUGCGACUUCGCGCUGACCCGAACCCCCGCCGAGAGGCUGAAGGAGAUCCGGGCCAAAGGGGGGCGGGUCCCGCAGGACGUCCAGAUGCGCGUCCGCGCCCUGAGGCUCCGCAAGCUGCGCGCCAGCACCAAGGUCCUGAACCAGCGCAGGGAGGGCCAGCAGCGGGCCAGGAGGGCUGGGGGGGGAGGGUAAGGGGGGGGGAUUGAGAGAACAAACACAGCGACUUGAUUGGGUGCAGUGACCCCUUUAAGGCGGAUUCAACCACAGCAAAGAAACACAAACCAUUACACAUGUUGACAGGAUAUUUAAAAAAGCAGGUUUUACACACACACACGUGAAACACAAUGGAAAGGGACACAAACUGAAUAACUUCUUAAAAGUUUUUAGAGCCUUAUUGAAAUCACAUUUAUAGACGUUAAAUUGUUUUGCACAUGAAUGGUGUCAGCUGGUCUGAUAAGUGACACGUUGUCCAACAGGACCAACACAUUUCAAAUAAAUAUUCCUUAUUUGUCUUAA